AUGUCAAAUAAUGACAGAUAUGCAAGUUGCCCGAUGAUGGCGCUCAAUGUGCCAUCAUCGGGCAACGUGUUUUAAGGGUCAACACUGGAAAUGGGUUCCACGUGUGGAGCCCUUUUUGACUUGUGAAAGUGAGGAUUCUCCACGUGUCAAAAAGGGCUCCACACGUGGAACCCAUUUCCUGUGUGGACCCUUAAAACACGUUGCCCGAUGAUGGCAAAUUGAGCGCCAUCAUCGGCAAUUUCCUAUAUACUUUCAAGCUAUUAAGAAAGAACUCAACCAACACUUCUCUGAUAAAUUUGAAUAAAUCUCUGGUUGAUGAAAUUAAAUCAACAAUUCCUUAUCAAUUGCCUGAUGAAUCAGUAUUUAUACAAGAUGAUUACUUUAUCCCAUUUCUCAAUGAAAGAGAUGGGAUGGGGAGACUAAUCUCUUCUAAGUCCCCAUCUUCUAAAACAAAAAAGCCAAUUUUGACUCCUCUUCAUGAAAAAAUUAUUAUUACUCCAAAAACAACUAAAAAACUUCUCCUUUCAAGAGCAAGAAGAUCAUCAAACCCUGCUGUUGGGAGCUAUUAUAAACCUCAAAGCUGAAUUAAGCCUUCAUUUUCCUCUAAAUCUCUUUUGGAUAUUUUAAAUGGCAACGGAAAACACAGCAAGUCAAUUUCUGAUUUAGAGUCAUCAAAUAAUGAUAGCAUUCUUAGUAGAAAAAAAUCAUUACCAAGGAAACUUAUUUUUCCAAAUCUACAAAGAGAGUCUGCUGUAGAGAGGAAAAAAAGCUCAGUGAAAAGAAUACCAAGAAAGAAAGGCAUUUGAGAAGAUCUGAAAUUGCAUGGACAAGCUGAUGAGAUUAAAGAAGCUCUUGUCUAUGCUAGUGAUUUCAAUUUUGUGAACUCUCAUCAUCGAAACAUUCGAGCAUUAAUGAAUGAAAUGAAGAAAAAGCUUGAAUGUUAA